CCUGCUGACCGUCGGGAGAGUGCAGUGCCGUGUCUCAGAGAAAGGAUAUCUGACUAGUGAUCGAAACAGCGUCGGCAGACACAGCAUCAACAGCUCAGCCUACUACCGCCGUCCCUCCCGGCCGGCGCCUUGCUCCGAGGCUCGGAGAUGGGCUGCACCACAAGCCCCGUGUCCUGCCAGCCUCCACCGGCACCUGCGCCCGCCGGCCAAGAUGGCACGCCGCAAGAUGGCACGCCACAAGAUGGUGCGCUCAAGGUACCGGUCGUCCCGUCAUCUUUGGAGAGACUGUCCCAGGCCACGGGUGGCAUGGAGAAGUCCUGGUAUCGCUGCAUCUUUCCCUUCGGCCUGAUCUCGCUGGUCAUCGGCGUGGCCACCACCGCCGUCACCUUCACGUACGACGCCCUGCCGCAGGUGCGCGUCAUGUCGCUGGUGCUGCUGGCCGUCGGGCUCGGCCUCGGGCUGCUGGCCACCCUCUGCUGGGUGCUCCACAAGAAGAAACGCCGAAGAAAGAAAGAGGCACUCCCUCUGGACCCCGAGCAGAGCGCUCUGUGACCAGAGGAGCACAGGAGCAGCCUGAAGGGAGGCGCUGAUCUGCAGGAGCUCGAUCUGGCUCCUAGCGAGGAACCACCCUGGAGAGCAUGCAGGAGAAAUGGACAGAUUGGUGGCUCUGUGUUAUGGGGGGGGGGUUCCCGCUGAACUCAGACGCAGCCUGCGGUCGGCUGGCUGGCUUCACGUUUCAAAACAACAUCCCGGCAUGCGGAGAGUGCGCGUACGCAUGCACACAGGCACGCACUGCCAGCUCGACGCGGAAUGCCAUGUCGCUGGCAAGCCGACGUCAGCGCUCGCAUUCCCGGGGCAGGUGGACGCAGCUGAUUAUCGGAGACGGGGGCCAGGAGACUGUAACCCGAGAGAAGCUUCCCCCACGCUCUCCUCCAGCACCCGUCUGUGCAUUACGGCCAGUCUGGUGGCUCCCAGGCUCUGGGCACCAGACAAACCUCAGAGAUGCUUCUCUGCUCUCUCAGUGGCUGUCACGCUUUCUCUCUAGGCAUCGCUGCACCAGCAAGGGAGACCCGUCCUUCUCCCUGGCCUGUGCCUAGCGCUCAAUUGGGCACACAUGCCUCUGUUGGGCCACCCAGCGUCAGAGAUGCGGUUGAUGGGAAUUCGUGUGUCGGCCACGGAGGGAUUGUUCCACGCCUGAGAUCUGGAAUUCCACAAACCUGCGUGGCUGCGCGCCGAUGCUCACGUGCCGUGCAUUGCAGGCCGAGAUGCUCACCACCUGCGAGAAACGCUCCGAGGGACAGCCUGGAGUGCGCACAGCACACCGCCCUCGUUCCCCGCUGUUCUCGUGCAAUCUCCCCGCUGCUCGUGGAGAACUCGGAUUUCAUCUCGUGUUUUGCCAAAAUCGCUAUUUCCCAUGAAAUUUAGGAUGGACUCUAACUUGGCACAGUAAGCCCUUUACUCGCCGUGUUUAAUUGUGCUCCCCAGCCACACCCAGGUUUGUUAUCAUCAGUUGUUUCCUUCUCUCCAGUUCCCACCCUCUGACUGAUGUAUCUACAAGCCUGCAUCAGCAUUACCGCUUGUCUGCGUACAGCAUUUACUCCGCAGCUCAUGAUUCCUACAGGCAGCAGCAGUUCAGGAAAACGGCAAGGAAACUGUGAUGUAAUUUGGAAUACUGCAAUUCCACUGUAUUUCAUAUUGCUUUAGUAAAUAUAUAAUAUGUAAACAGUGGGUAAUAUCAGUAUUCCAUGUACAACUGCUUUUUUCCCGUUUUUUUAAGUCAGAUACAGUAAAACUAGAUCUGCACCGUUUGAUUUCCUGCAGCACAUUACAAGGAACAAUACAGUACAGCACUGUGAGGCCCAGAGUCUUCUGCUUGUUAACUGGGCAAAGCAUCAGACACGUGUGGGUACACUGCCACUCAACAUGCGCAUCAUGACACGGUUCAAGCGGGAAAACAGCCUUUCUUAUCACAAACACAAAUCUAGCACUCAUCUUAAGUUUACUAAAGUGAGGACAGACUACACGUAACCUGAUAUUAUCUCAUUAAACGUUAGGUGCCUUUCUGAUGUCAUACAAGCCAAACCACUGUAAACACCGCUAAAGCUGGGAUCUACGGUUUCUCCUUUAUCAACCUAACAGAUUCCUGCGUCGCAUUAGACACUGGACAUAUCACAAGACGCUUUGCCUCAACUCUCCAAAGACAACAGAAUGUUACAACAUAGCAUAGGGAGGAAUUUCCAGUAUUUACAAAUGUUUACUUAACGGUAGAAAGGUACAGACGUGCCUUUUUUCUGCCUUCUCGUCGCUACCCAGCACCUUAAAUGGUGACACGGGACUCUUGACGCAUUAUGCCCGAAGCAGCGGGGAGGGCAGCGUGUAGUCUUGUACUUUCAUUGAGAAAACCUAGAAUAUGGCCGGCGCUUCACAACUUACGCAUGCAUGUGCGCUCAUAUAAUAAGCAUCGCUCAUACAGCUUGAUGUGCCUGUAUUUGUUUGGAUUUAGACUAAAUGAAACAUGAAUUGGAGAUGUGCAGAAUACACAUCCUGAUUAAUAAAGAGGGAAUAAGAGGGUAUCUAUUUCCCCUAGCACCGCGUUUUAUACGAACACUCAUAAUUGUACCUGGUGACAAAUAUAUGCGCCUCCGUCUGUAACUUGUAUGCUGCUGUAUAUAAAACAGUAUUUAUAUAUUUAUACUUACAUCAGACGUAUUUUCAAAGCUGUAUUAAACUUAAGAUUAAUGCCAGCAAA